AUGGAUAUCGCGCCACUACCCUCUUUGAAUGAUGAAUUUAAUCCCAGUACUUCUUCGUCUACAAUUGAACAACCAUCUACAUCAGCUGAUAGAUCAAUAAUUGAUGAUACAAUUGUACAUGAUUCCCUUGUUAAGGAUGUGAAUCUUCCUGAGACAGAAGAAGUAGAAAAAGAAAUUGACGCUGAAGCUGAACAGCCGUUGGAGGCAGGAUCUUCUGAAGAUUUAGCAGAAUUACCGACUGUUCAUACUUCUGAUAAUGUAGCUUCAGCAAACUUAAAUGUGUGUUUUUUUGCAACAAAAAAAAAGAAACAAUAUCGCUCUAAGAAUCAGCCAUUACGCACUUCAGGGAAGGAUCAAUUUGAAGAGAGUAUUUUAUUAAACUUAAAGCCAAAUACUAAAAUUUACAGUAAAACUUUGACCAAAAUACAAAGUGUUCUCUCUUGUGAAGUCUUGGCGGAAAAAUUUCAUGAAUCAGAAAAGAUCACUAGUGAAAAGUCCUGUCCAUACUUCAUGGCACAAUACAUGAAACUGUUUAUAAAGAAAUAUGUUGUUUAA